AUGGAUGGCAAGAGGCGCCGAACCAGGACAGGUUGUCUGACAUGCCGAACACGACGAAUCAAAUGCGAUGAGCGAAAGCCGACAUGCGAGCGUUGCGAGUCUGCCAAUGUUGAAUGCGCUGGGUAUGCUCAAAAACGCCGUGUCAUGACUAGGCACUCGAUGCCCACCUCACCACCUGAUGCAAUGGCAGCUAUGCCGCAUAAUUCAGACCUUGUCUUGGGACAUAAAUACACACAACCUGUGCUCCAAGAAGAUACUACACCACAUCCACAAUCAAACGCUGAUGGCCUACCGUUGAUAGGACUUCCUAACAAUCCAAACUCAUUACAGCGGCCACACACGCGGGCCCGUGAUGUGCUGGCCUAUCACCAAUUCCUUUUUAGGACUAUGCCGACCAUAUUUCCUCCAGGGACAAUGCCUUACUGGAGAGAUUACAUUUGCCAAGAAGCAUGGGAGAUCGAAUAUGUUUUUGAUGCCCUUGCUGCCCUUGGAUCAAUGCAUCGGGCUACUUUGUUAUUAUCGCAACAAAGUGAGAAUGACCGCCAUAGAGGUUUAGAUACCAAAGUUAUUGCAAUCCAGGCAUAUGCGAACGCCCUACAAGGUGUCUCAGAUCAUCUGGCUAGUAAUCAAAUCUCAAUGGCUCUUCUUUUGGGAGUAUUGAUACUUUUUGCAUAUGUCGAGUGCUUUGACGGAAAUGUUCCUGCAACAAUGCGACACAUCCAUAUGGCUCAGCAUUAUUUUCGAGCAAUGUGCUCCAUGGAGACCCGACAGCCGGAAGUAUACAAGACAGCUAUCGAGUUAUGCCUCCAAGACCUGGAUCUUAUCCGUCGUGUUACCCUACCAGAUCCGAAGGUGAUCAAAAUGAUAUAUCCACCUAAUAGGCAAGGUCAAAAUUGUGGCCUACCAUUAUCGUCAUUCGAGGUACCCCUGGAAUCAUCAUCAAGAGCUAUGCUACAGCAAUUACUCGAUAUUGGCUCCAUGGAUGCCGAAGUCAAACAAUUGAUAUGGUGUCCAGUCUCGGUUAACCUGAGACCGAUACCAGAUGACAAGCUCCUGACUGUCGUUGACAGCUUGAAAGCAUGGAAAGCUUCCCAUGCCAUCCUGUUCCAUAGCUUCGAAGUUGAUGAAUCUUUAGUUGAUCACGUUAAUUUUGGGUUUGAGGCUCUGGACAAACUCACCUUCCCUCCAGUACCUCACCCAACUCUGCCGGAUGAUUAUUGUCUUCCACUAGCAUUAUACUCUCUCUACCGAGUACGGCUUCUGUGGGCAUUGAGCAUUUUCAACCAUGGUGAAAGCAAUAUCGAACUCGAUGCCUACCACUUCCUGUACCAGCUACUACGAUUUGUCAAAACAUUCACGGGUAGUCAAUCUCCAGCUUCCCAAGAUACCACACUAGGAUGCGAAGCAUUGAGAAUUGGCUUUCCCCCAAUGCUUUUCCUCGCUGGGCAAUCAUGUCCCAAGCCAGCCUGGCUUCGUUGGAUAUCACACGAACUAAAUAGAGUUGGCCAAGAAGGUGUCUUCAAUAGCAAAGCUUUUGCCUCAAGCCUUGAUGUACUUUCAACCCUCGAAAAGCGCGUCCAUCGAGACUGUGGACUUCCUGGUAUCGAGCACUUCUCAUGCCCGACUUCACGCGUGAUUUCUGUUCUUUUUCCCGACAUGGACGGCCGCUCUUACUUAACACUUUACGGGCAUGUCCGAGGUCAAGAUGCAGAUGGCGGCAACUUGUAUUCUCCCUUGUGCAUAGCCCGCUAUUCGGCCUUUGUAAAUGGUGGCAGGCCUAUUGUUGAUACUUUUGAUGGUGACCAUGAAAUGAUGUACAGUGAAUGGGUGUUGAAUCAAGGUCUGAUAUUGGAAUGGGUGCAGUGGUUGACUUUUUCUGAGUUUGAUCUUAAUCAGACGCUUCAUGAUCAUAUGAAUGGAAGCCGGCUAUUGCCAAAUCGUGGUGAUAUGGAGUGGUGA